AUGCAACUCUCUACAACCCUCUUAACCGUCGCGGCGCUCGCUAUUUUCCCCGAAGUCACAGUCGCAGCCGGUGCCAAGUGCUUGGUCCAGCUAAAGAACGCUCAAGACACCGUCGUCAGCUCCUUUGAAGCCCUGGCAGGUGUGCGGAAGGUUGUGCAGGCGAAGGGCUUCAAAUGGAUGUGCAAAACGGCCAUUGAAGAUUGCCAUCCUUAUGGAUGCAUUAUACCCAAAGGCCUCACACCUGUGGGUACAGUGAGCAGCAGUGGAAUACCCAACAGAGCUACGCCAAAACUUGCCACUGGGAACGCGGCUGCUUUACAGGGUGCGGCUGUAUGA